AUGCCGGACGGCCGAAUCCUCGACCUCCCAGAUGUCACCUUCACAGCGAGAUAUUGGAAGGAUGGCAAAGUAUUGAUGCUGGCUCCAUCAUUCCUAGGCUGGGUUGGCAUCCACACGGGCAUGCGCAUGGACGGCUGGACCUUUGAGCAGAACAUGCGUCAUCCCCUAGACCGGGCGAAAAGCCUUCAAGCUUUCAAGGCUGGGAAGGGAGAUCUCUAUGGUUGGAGGGUGAGACAGAUCAUGGAGACCAGCCCGACAUAUCAGGGCGCCCUGACGAGCCUCACGAACACAAGGGUGAUGGCACCCAUGUACUUCAUCCUCUCCGGCAAAGGCAAGUAUGAGGGCGCAGUCAUUACCAAGGAUCUCGGUGACGACCACUUGGCAGGCACUCCAGAGGUCCGGCAGUUGAAUGAGGCGGAUGGCACGUGGUAUCUUCUGCAGACCAACGACGACGUAAAUAAGUUGCCGGAG